GGAUUCUGGGGGCUCUUACCACAAAAGAGGAUAGAGGCGAGUAAUGUCAGCAGGUCCAUAUACGUUUGGCCAUUUGAGGAUAGAGCAACCCGCUUGCUAGGUCCCGGGAACAGAUCGCAUCGUGUGGCCAAGGUGGACCGGGGCUGCCGGCCGCCACGCCACGCGAAUCGGUCAGCGAUUUUCUUUACGGCAGCCGAGAUACUCGACAACCCAACCGAUUGCCCUCGUAGCGUUGCUGUCCCAAAUUGCGCCUUGGGCAUCCUAGUCCAGAUUGAACAACAUGACGUCUCCUUUCAACCCAUUCAUCAACCCAUCGACGGGUCUGACACCUGUUCCUGCUGGUUCCUCUCCGUUCCCCCUUCCCAGCUUUCCAUCCCCCUUCCCCGUCUUUGGAUCUCAACCACUUGGUCAAUCACCUCUGGCUCAAAGUGGAGGACUAGGAGCUGGGACCGCAGCUGGAGCUGGACCAAGUACCAAUGCGGGACUUGGUCUCGGUCAGACUCCGUUUUUGGGGUCGACGCCUAAUGCUGUUCAGACCAACGGUCAAUCGCCCUUUCCAGUAUUCAAUAUUCAGCCUGCCGCGGAAAGCACUUCUCCAUUCACCUUUAUGGCCAACGCGGCCGGGGCUGGAACACCAUCUGGUGGCAUAUUGGCGACUGGUACACCUGGAACUGGACCUGGUGGAGGCUUAAAUGUCGCUAGUGGCUCCAGACUCCCUAGUCUGGCUUGGAACAAUGCAGCGUCUAGGAGGAUGGCACCUCCUGCUAGCUCCACCGGUGCAGGGUCGACGCGAGCAGGUGUAGAAGAUAUGAUGCGAGGAUUGGGAGAAGCGGAGAAAAUGAUGGAAAGGGCCAUCGUCGUCGCUACGGAAAUACAACGUCUAGAAGGUUCGACCUUUGAGGAUAAUCAAGGAAAGGAAAAAAGUGAAGGAAUGGAAUUGGGUCCAAGUGGUCUGCCAAAGCUAGAAGAGCUCGUCUUUGAAUGUGAAUUUUGCGCAUACUCCAGCCUUUCAUGCGACCAGGACUGACCUCGAGCAGAUACUCAACUCUUGACCGCCCUCUUGACCCUAUCCAACUCGACACUGAUCGGAGGUCUCCCUGUUCCACUA